AUGCAAAGUGCAGUGCGACUGUCACAGCAUGGGCCCGCGCUGCUGCUGCUGCUGGCACUGAUAAGCUCAACGGCUGCCGCCGCUGCUGGUGAUCGUGCCGACGACACGGGGCAAAGAGACGACGGCGAAGGCAAUGCACUCUCACCGGACGAUACGCUGUUUGCGCAUUUGCGAUGCUUCGAACGGUUUGCGAGCACGCAACGGAGUGACCGUGAAAGUGAUGCUUCCGACUGGUUGGAGACCUCCGAGAACUACACGCGAAAAACUGACCGUUCGCCAAACUUCCUGAAGUGUGUCCUCACCAAGCUACAGCUUUACGACCCACAGCGAGUCGAGUUUAAUACGAAUAUACUCAUGCAGCAGUAUCAACGGUACGGUUUGUGGAUGAACCUUAGCCAGCAGUCUCUCCAAGCGAUCGUCAACACCACGGGGAGAAUUGUCCUUGCUGACGCCUCAUCCGAGGCGAUUUAUGCUGCGUUUGAAUCCAUCUUUCGUGAUCAUUCGCAUUCGUACUUUCAACUGUUUCUACGUGAUCCGAUAGUGCUGGGCCGAAUUUACCAGAAUAAGUCAUGGAAUGGAAAGAAACCAAACCAAACGGUGAUCGAGUUCUGUGAGAUGCACAUGAGCGAAGGUUUGUGGAAGGAAAUCUGUCUCUUACGCAACUAUCAGAUCAGCAACCGAACCGCGGCUAUGGCGGAUCACAUCGAUUGUGUCUUUAAAGAAUUCCGCUACAUCACCGUUGCGGGCUUGAUCGAUGAAAGCGAAAUACUUCGUGACUUUCGUCUUGUCUUCGCGCUAACGGAGGACACAAAAACUCACGUUCAUAGGUGCGUCGAGGAGUCCUCCAGUGAAGGCGCAAUCCGUCAGCGAAGCCUUCGUAUGUACCGUUGCUUGCUGAGUGGUGCUGACACCAGCCGUAGCUUUAAGGAAGCGUUCGAUUUUCGAGAAGUCCGUUCCGGCAACUUGAGCUACAUUCUGCGCGAUCUGCAGUACGACAGGGACCAGGUGAGAGCCGAGAUCUUGACGUUGGACAGAGAACGAUGUGACGAUCAGCAAAGAUCGAUCAGCAGAGCGCAAAAAUCUACAACGCCCCACCAGUGACCACUAGUGACGAUCUUUCCAAUGCUGAAUUCCGGGACAGGUGUU